UAAAGGACGGAGGGAGGGGGGACCUGCGUCGUAGUUCGUAGCUCCACGUCCACGAUGAAGCUGCUGGUCCUCCUUCUGGCGGCCUUUGCCGCUGCCGAGCGAGUGAGAUACGAUGGGUAUGAGGUGAAGCGAGUGUUCCCGAAGGAAUCGGAUGAUCUGCGACACCUCGCCGAACUUCGUCACGACAAUCGACUGGACUUCUGGACGGAAGUCCAGAAGCCUUACACGGACAUCAUGGUGCCCCCCCAGAUGGUCGAGGAAUUGGAAGGACGACUCAGGGAGCUCGGCCUUCCUUUCAUGACCAUCAUCCGUGACGUUCAAAAGCUUUCGGAUGAACAGAAGGUGGCAGAGCCAAACGAAGAUGGAACCCCCAGGGCAAUGGAUUGGACAUCAUACCAUCGUCUCGUUGACAUCCACGGAUACAUGGAUCAACUGGCGGAGGACUACCCAGACAUGGUGACUGUGAUGAGCAUUGGGUCCAGCUAUGAAGAUCGAGACAUGAAAUUGAUCAAGGUUUCAACGGGAUCAGCUACGCAGAAAAUGUGGAUCGAUGGAGGUAUCCAUGCUCGAGAAUGGAUCGCCCCGGCCGUCGUGACCUACAUCCUUCGAGAGUUGGUGGAGAACUACGAAGAAAACAGGGAUGUCGUGGAUCUUUACGACUGGUACCUCCUCCCUCUCCACAAUCCUGAUGGAUACGAAUACAGCCACACCAACGCCCGGCUUUGGAGGAAGACGCGAUCGCGUUGGAGCGGCUCAUGCGUCGGCGUGGAUCCCAACCGAAACUGGGACUACCAUUGGAUGGAGCAGGGAGCCAGCUCGGAUCCGUGCAGCGAGAUCUACGCGGGUCCAGAGCCGUUCUCCGAACCUGAGACGAGAUCCGCGGCCGAUUUCAUCAUGGCGGAAAAUGCAGACGAAAGCUUCGUAGGAUUCUUCACCGUCCACUCCUAUGGCCAAUAUUGGCUUUGCCCUUGGGGUUAUGACUAUAUAUAUCCCGAUGACUACGACGACCUUGAGGAUGCAGGCAUGACAGGCGUGAACGCAUUGGAAGACGUUCAUGGAACUCAGUUCACCUUUGGUCCCUCGGCAAUCGUGUUGUAUGCCGCUGCCGGAGGGUCGGACGAUUGGGCCAAGGGAGUCGGGAACAUCAAGUACUCCUACACGCUGGAACUGCGAGACACUGGCUUCUGGGGAUUCGAACUCCCUGCCAGCCAGAUCGUCCCAACCGGCCAAGAGACCUGGGAAGGGAUCAAGGCUUUUGCCAGAUACUUUCAAUAAACGUACUUUCGCCAGGCGACCAAGAGAGUUUUGGA